UGAUAGAAAUUGAAAAAAGAGAUGGAAGAGAGUAGGAUUUGAUAGAUGAUGGAUGGAAUGAUGACUAAGUGGUAUUUGUGUAAUAAAACUAACUUUGUAAGUAAAAAUGUAGACAUAGGCGUGUAGAGGUAUUUAGGUAAUAAAUUGUGCAAAAUGGAUUUUUCAUGUAAAAAUUUCUUAUUUCUUUAUAUAUUAAAAGUGUCUAUUUAACGGCAAUUCUUGGUUUAACGGAAUCUUUUAAACUUUUUCUGUUAACUUUAACGGAGGAUAACUCUUCCGUUAAUUAAUUUUUUAAUAACUAAUAAUCGUUAUUCUUUUCUUAUGUGUCAAACACACCAUCAGAUGCAACUCUUUUCUUUCUUUCUCAUCCCCACUUACGAAGCAGAAUAGAGGUUGAUGAGAAUCGAAACAAAUAAGAACGAAGGCCGGGCUCAAUCGACUCCCCCAAAAGGAUCACGAGCAAGGCUUCGAGACUGCCUACGAUGGCAAGUUUAGAGGUAGCAAUGACGACGACCGCCACCAUCGUAAACAAACAGAGGAGCAGAAUCACACUCCCGAUUGAAUCAACAGGAAGAACAAGUUGUCUUUUUAGAUAAAGAAAUAGGUGGUUUGAGAGAUGAGACUGUUCAAAUUGAGAAAGAGAUUAACAGAGUUGGAGAUUCCAUGUCUAGCAAGAUGAACAUUCUUCAAAACAAGGCUGAUGAUAUUGGAAAUGUAGCAGGGCUUUCAUUGGAAAAACAAAAGGAAGUUCUUAAAGGGCAAUCUGAAGCUCUUAAUGGGCUUCAGUCGCUCACUCAAUUUCAGUCUAAAGCUCUAGAAGAGAGCAGGGCAGUUUUGCAGCAGUUGGCUAAUUUCGGUCAUGAACAACAGGAAGAGCUUCUUCAGCGACAGGAAAAGCUUCAACAAGCACAUGAUCAUCUGGUCGAGAAUUCUAAGUCCAUGUUGGCUGCUCAGGUGGAAUUGCAGAAAACAUGAGCUUUAUUUUGAGACAAUUAACUGAUCUUACUCAGUUGGGUACUUAGAAAUAUGAAACUAAGACACCUGUUGGAUAUACAAGUAUCAAGAUGAUGGGUAUGCAUUCUAAUUUUGGGAUUGCCUUUUGCAUUUGUACUUUUUAUGGUUAACUUUAACAUUUAACAUUUUGGAUUUUGCCUUCUGGAUGUUAGUUUGCAUAAUGCCCUUUAGGAUUUUUUAUAUCUCUUGACAUGGUUUAUUCUUGAAACCCAUGGAGGUAUCUUAAUCAUUUCAUGUUUUUCAAUUGUUAGGGAUGUAAUUAUAUUUUACGGUAAAACAUAUUGUUCCUUAUUAGUUGUGCAAUAUUUUAAUUUACUAUAAGUUUUGUAUAUGAUUUUUGUCAUUUUAUAUCUCCAUCAAAAGAUCUUAUUGUUUGAUGUUGCACCCUUUUAUUGGUCCUUGUCUUUUAAAAGCCUUUGUAACAAUUUAUCAAUCUAAAUGUGUGUUGAGUUUGAAAUAUCGGCAUUUUUUUAUUCUUUGAUAAGGUAUUUUUUUCACCUGUACAAUUUUUGGACUUGGAAGGGUCGUAAGAUUCAUUAUGUUGUACAAGGUGAAGGCUCACCGGUUGUUCUCAUUCAUGGUUUUGGUGCUUCUGCAUAUCAUUGGAGGUUUAGUACUUAGUACUCAUCUUACUAUUCUUCCCUUGUUCUAAAUUUCUAAUUAGAUUGCUAAGGAAGUAGUGUAAAGUUUUGAGCUUUAUGUAUAAGAUUCAAAUAUAUGUUUCCUUCACUUACUUUGAUGAUGACAAUAAGUAAUUUUAUUUCAGAUAUUACAUACCAGAGUUGGCUAAAAAACACAAGGUUUAUGCCAUAGAUUUGCUUGGAUUUGGGUGGAGUGAGAAGGCAAUUAUAGAAUAUGGUAUGGAAGGACCAGGUGGUGGAUUUCUUGCAGGAGAUUGUGAAAGAGCCAGCAGUUUUAGUUGGAAACAGGUAGUAUUACUAAUAAUCUACAAUAAAAUGGCUAGGUUCUCUAAUUACUUUGGGAUGAACUUGCCUUCCAAAUCACCAUUUUGUUUGCUUUAUUAUUUGUGUAAUUUUCAAAAUGUGUUCUUAUAUUUCCCGUAUGAUGUUAUGGAAGUAUCGUCACUAAUUUUGUUGCACCGAUUUUUUAAUUCAGAAAAAACUAAAGACGAAUUGAAAUUUCAGUGCUUAAAUCGAAAACAUUUUAUCGCUCGUAUUGAGAA